UCUUUUUUUUUUAAAAAAAAAAGAAAAAGAAAAAGAAAAGAAACUUGCAAUGCUACGUAUACUUUCGUAUUCAUUAAAGAAUACACAUCGAUAUAAUUCUCUACGAUUACUAACCAAGACUGACCAUGAACGAUUAUUAUUACAAAGUCGAUUAAUACGACGACAUGGUCAAUAUGUUUAUUCAAUUUCUAAUAAGCAAGCAAAGAAGCCAUCCGUACUUGUGACAAGGCGGUUUAUUCAGAUACUUAAGCAUCCUAACAAAUAUGAAUUACUAAAUCAGGCACGUGGUUUUGUACAAAGACUGAAAGUAAGAAUAAAAUACCCUCUUAUGAAACAAAUGAGACCGUUUACACUCAAUGAUAUCUCAGCUCUCUUUUCUUGGAUCUUUCUUGGUCACACUGUUUGGCUUGUAGUAGGAACAACAAGUUUUCUUAGUUUUGGUUUAUGGGCUGCGAAUUCACUUCAAUUUCAAGAAUGGGUGGUGAAUAAAAUGGGCCAUUUUUUGACGUUAACAUCUGAAGCAACGAUUGUAUUUGAAUCAGCUACACCUAAUUGGAAAGAUGGUAAAGUACGUCUUAAUCAUCUUCACGUCGUUUGUAUGCCACGUUCAAUACAAAAAGAAUUUCGCUUGGGUACACAAGAAAAGGAGCCAGCGAUUGUUCAAGGUGAUGUCCUUGCUCAUAUUGAACUCGAUGAAGAUGAAAAAUCAUUGAAAGCUCAAAAGAGAUUAAAACGGAUGCCAUGGUAUGAUUUAACGAUUGAUAGUAUAGAAGUUGAAUUGAGUUUGAUGCAUCUAAUGGAAGGGAAAGGGAUCGUCAAGAAUGCAAUUGUAAAGGGUGUGAGGGGCAUUAUUGAUAAUAGACGUUCUGGAUGGAAUAAAUCUACUAAUUGGGAUCCUGAAGCUGUACGGAAGAGUCAUAUUCCAGGUGAUUUUGAAAUUGAUCAAUUGAUCUUGGAAGACCUUUCUGUAAUUGUAUAUAUGCCAAAAGGAUUUAGACCUUUUCCUGCUUCGAUUAUUCAAGCACAACUAAGUCGAUUAAGACGUCAAUGGUUAUUUUAUGAUUUCCUAUGUGCUGAUUCAAUCAUUGGAUCUAUUGAUUCAAGUUUAUUCAGUGUGCAUACACCACAAUUAGAAAAGAGUGUAUUGGAACAUUCAGACCUUGAAAGUAAAGGAAACUAUCCUAGUUUAGCUACUUAUUAUCCAUUUAGAAAACUGAACCCAUUAGGUGUCUUUGUGGGAGGAGAAAAUGAACAGUUUGGGAUGAUGACAGACGAUGGCAUGAAAAGGCAAGGAUAUAAACGAAAAUCACGACUCAGGAUUGAAAAUAUCAGUAUGGAUCAUGCUCAUCGAUUUGGGGAUGGACCUCCUCAAUGGAUUACUUCCGGAACAGUAGAUUUCUGUGCAGAUAUUUAUAUACCAGAUGAAGCCCAAAAGGAAAAACCUCCAAGUGUCCCGCAAGCUAUUUUAGAAGUCAUCAAACAAAGUUUGCCCUUGUCCAUUACUAUCGGCAUAGGUUCAGAGAAACGGAUUACGUUAGGAGAAAAAAUAAAUCAGAAACAGAUGAUAGAAGAGCCGAAAAAAGUGAUUAUGGAUGUUGAUAUUCGAUAUAAAAAUGUGAAAGCUACCGUCCCAUUAAAGAUACCUACUCUAAGUUAUCUAAAUAGUGCCAUGGUUCGACCCUUGAUAGCUUAUCUUAAUAAGAACCAAACUAUUGUACCUAUUAAAGGACGUAUUAUUAUGGAUCUUUCGACAUUCAAUGGGGCAUGGACAAUUCAUGAUUCUACUUUAGCAAUCCGUUUAAAUGAAUGUAUUACAAAAGGUUUAGUUGAUCUUGUUACUGAUCAACAGGAAAGAAAUCGAAGAUUAAAACAAAUUGGAUAUUGGAGUUUUCGUGAAAUAGUUCGAAAUGUUGUGACAUUACAUGAAACGUUAUAUGGAACUGCUCGAGGCUUUUGGACAUACUUGGGACAAUAAUGAAAUUGUAUAUAAAUGGUAUUAUUAUAAUAAUUGAAAAUAAAAUACAAAUACAAAUAUGGAUACAUUUUUGAAACCUUU